AUGAAAUAUAUGCUCUGUAAAAAACCAGAACUGUAUCAUUUUUGGUAUAAUAAACACUAACUACAUAUUUGUAAAUGGUGUAUGAUUAUUACAUACAAAUUACCACAAUGAAUAUGAAAUUUGGUACAAUUUGCAACUGCAUUCGUUUAUUCUCAACUGAACAUAUUAUACCAAAAGUAUGUAUUGUUGGAGCAGGACCAGCAGGAUUUUAUGCUGCUCAACAAUUACUAAAGAGUUCCAGUGAUAUAAAGGUGGAUAUAUUGGACAAAUUACCAGUACCAUUUGGCUUAGUUCGUUUUGGUGUAGCCCCUGACCACCCAGAAGUGAAAAAUGUUAUUCACAGUUUUGAGAAAAUUGCAUCUAAUACGCGUUUUCAAUUUAUAGGAAAUGUUAAUGUAGGAAAAGAUGUUACUAUAAAGGAACUACAAGAACUGUACCAUACUGUGUUAUUGGCAUAUGGCGCUGAAGAAGAUAAAACACUUGAUAUUCCUGGAGAAAAUUUAGAUAAUGUGAUAUCAGGACGACGUUUUGUUGGUUGGUAUAAUGGAUUACCAAGAGACAGUAAUUUAAAUAUUAAUUUAGAUGUAGAAGAAGCUGUUAUAUUGGGACAAGGCAAUGUUGCUAUAGAUAUUGCAAGAAUUCUACUAUCUCCGAUAGAUAAAUUAAAGCAUACUGAUAUAACAUCAUUUGCAUUGGAAAAAUUGUCACAAAGCAAAGUACGUAAAGUAUCUCUGGUAGGAAGAAGAGGGCCGUUACAAGCAUCUUUUACAAUUGCUGAACUGCGUGAAAUAUUAAAAUUAGAUGGCUGUAGUACUUAUUGGCGCAAAGAUGACUUUUUAAAUGUAAGAGAAGUAGUUAGCACUUUAGCAAGACCACGAAAAAGACUGACUGAACUUAUGUUAAAACAUGUUGAUGAAGUAUCUUCAGAUACAAUAAGAAAAGCUAAAGAACUACAUCCAAUAUUUUUAAGAGGCCCUCUACAAUUUUUAGGCUCUAAUAGUGUAGAGGGUAUUAAAUUUUCAAUAAACAGACUUCAAGGAAAUGAUAUGUCUACACAGAUUGCAGUACCUACUGGAUCAUUUGAAGAGAUAUUAUGUAAUGUAGCAUUUCGUAGCAUUGGUUACAAAUCUGUUCAAAUAGAUUCAUUGAUACCAUUUGAUUUUAAAACUGGUUGUGUUAAAAAUUCAGGAGGUAAAGUUCAAGAUAAACUUUAUGCUGCUGGUUGGGUUGCAACCGGUCCAGUAGGAGUUAUAUUAACAACAAUGACAAAUGCAUUUCAAGUUGGUGCAUUAAUAAACAAAGAAUUAUCAGUUAUAGAAAAUAAAUCAGGUUACGCAGGUUUACUUGAAAUUCUCAAGCAUAAAAACAUACCUGUGGUAUCAUAUAAGGAUUGGAAAAAAAUUGACAAGGCAGAAUGUGAAAGAGGGAAAGAAUUAGGAAAAUCAAGAGAAAAAAUAGUUGAUAUUAAAGAAAUGUUGGAAAUUGCUUUAAACUAAUAAAAGUAUUUUAAAAAU